GGGUCGGAUGAGUCUGCAAUAUUAGUUGAAAGCAAGACUAUGGCUGCAACGCAAAGUUUUUCAUCUGAAGGAAAUCUACAGCGGGAAGUUUGUUCCUUAAUAGCUCAGAAAUCAUCAGAAGCUAUCAAAGACCACGGAUUCUUCGCAGUCGGCUUUUCGGGUGGUAGUCUUCCGAAAAUUGUUUGCCCCGGACUGCUCUCUCUGCAGAUUGACUUUUCAAAAUGGCGGAUAUUCUUCUGUGACGAGCGGUAUGUAGCACUAACAGACGCUGACAGCAAUUAUGUAGGAGUAAAGCAGCACUUGCUAGAUAAGCUCUCUGUUGCUCCUGAACAAAUACUAACUAUUAAUCAUGAUAUUCCACUGGAUGAAGCCGCCAAGGAGUACGAAUCUCAUCUCAAGGGGUGGUACCCUGGGGAUGAUGUCCCCUCCCUAGAUAUGCUCCUGCUCGGAAUGGGUCCUGAUGGGCACACGUGUUCUUUAUUUCCUGGCCAUCCACUGCUUCUAGAAAAUUCUCGUCUUGUGGCACCAAUUUCUGAUUCGCCUAAAACGCCGCCAUGCAGGAUCACACUGACAUAUCCCAUCAUCAAUGCCAGCAAAUGUGCAGCAUUUGUUAGUACUGGUUCCAGUAAGGCAAGUGUUUUACAACAGGUGUUGGAAGGUAAUGCAGAGGAACCACUCCCAGCAGCAAGGGUUAGGCCCUCUAAUGGAGAACUUCACUGGUUUCUUGAUGACGCUGCAGCUAGUUUGUUAACCAAGAAAUGAAUGACUGACUUUCUUUCCACCUUGCAUCUUUCCAUUGUAAAUACAGUUGAACCUCUUGCAAGCGACUACCCAAAAUGCUGAGAUCUAGUGGUUGCCUUUAGGAAGUGGUUGCCCAGGAGACUUGAUCCACGGGGGGUCUGAGAUAAUUAAGUUUUAAAGACAUCUACAUUUUGGACGAGAAUUCAUUGAAUGUGAUAAUUAUGUGAUUAAUAUGUGUGUAUAGUUUCAUGUUGUCACUAAACGUUCUUUGCAUACUAUGAGUAGUGUAGUACAUAGAGAUCAAACCAUGCGUCAAGUGGUUACUUACAAGAGGGUAAAAGCAAUGGAAAAUUUUAAAACCGUUAUCCAAAAAAGUGUUCGCAGUCCCCCUUGAUAGGGGGUUGUUUACAAGAGGUUUCAACUGUAGUGAUUUGACUGGGAAAAUUGUUGAUUUGUUAGAUAGGUGGUUAUAGGAGGUGGCUGCUUAGGAGAGGUGGUCACACAUUGAGGUUCGAUUGUAGGAGAAUCUAGAUCUUGAUCCUGAGUAACUUAAGGCUUUCUCUAGCAUCCCUGCCCUAUUUCAAUUAACAGAAAAUGUGGUGUCCUGUCUGCUUCUCAGCCUUCUCUGCAGGUCUUUCAAUCAAGGUUGAGAACUGCUUUCCUAAAGGGCUCAAAGAAGGGGCUUACCUGCAGGGGAUAUUAGCUGGCAAUGUGUGUGCAGCAUAGAUACUUAAAAUAAAUAAUCUUAGGAGCAUAAUAAUGAUAAUUAUUCAAGUCCACAAGUGAUAUAUAGUAGGGAGCUCAAGCAACCAUUACAACAAUGCUAGUUGCAAAAGCGAUCAAUAGUAAUGUCCCAGUAGUAAUUCGAACAAGAGCAAGAAAAUAAUAUUCAUAUACAUACAUAUAACUUAAACUGGAGUUGAAAUACAGUAUAUGUAUAAUGUAAUGUAAUGUAAUGUAAUGUAUAAUGCUCACUGGAAAAUAAGCCAUUACACCCUUAAAGGAGACCAACCGUGGAGUAACCGUACUGGAUUUCGUUAACACCCUAUGUGAGACAAAGAAUCCGUAAUUUACAACCCUAAGUGAGAUGAACCAACAAUGACGGUUAUGGCUACCUUUUUGAAUUCAUGCUGUUUAUUCCAUCUUGUUUAAUUCGUCAAAUGUUGCUAGUUUUAUCUGGAGUUGAAUUCUAAAGACUGUAUGGAAGUUCAAGAAGAGAAAAACAAAGUUAUUGUCUUUUGUUCAUGUUCUUCACAAAACGUGAAUUUAGGCAUUUUCACAACGUAAUUGUGCAGUCACAGCAUAGAAAUUUAUAAAAAGGUGUGAUGCACGUUCAAAGUUGUAGUUUUGCCAAUCUGAACCUAUUGCUUUUUUGCCGUUCUCAUUGACAUCACCGUUGUCGUUGCUUAAGCUCCCUAGUAAAGGGGGGACUGAUGCCAUAUUAAAAUGUGAGUUUGUGGGCUUGAUGGCCUUUUUAUUGCAGUUGUAUAUAAUCUAUACAUAUUGUGGUUAAGCUCUUGGGUGUUACAUGAAUAAAUGAUCAUGAGAAAGGUUGCACACUAAGUUUCUAUACAUGGACCUAUUGAAUGCACUGAUAUUUUAAUUCAUUUUUUAAUGCAUUGUUAUUUGCUAAAGUAAAAAACUUGUUACAAUGGGUGAUGCUGCUGCCGAUGCUGAGUCAGAAAUUGGAAAUGUUUUGGAAAUGUUUUGCCCUGACAUCUUUUUUAGCUUUAAAGACUGUAAAGUGAAACCUUGAUUUAAUAAACCCCUACAUCCU